AUGGGGCCUGACACUUGGGCGGUCCAUAUUUCUAUUUUUGUCAUAGUCGUCGUACUUGCGCUAAAAUUUGCAGCUGCAACAAAUAUGACGUUACCAAAAGACUAUAAUUCAGUGUCAGCAGAUGAUAUUGCAGUAAUGGCCCCAGCAUCGUGGGAAAACAUUACAAUUUCUGCCACUACAAUUUUGAAAGUUACCAUCAGGGAUGCAGAGUGCUACUCCGCCAACACUACUUCGCAGUUUGUUGUCUAUCUGGCUGCUAUUGAUCAGUCAAACAUUUUCUAUGCGUCCGUUGUCCUACAUAGAAGUGUUUUUUCAUACAACAAAAGAACAAAUAGUUACUUCUAUCAGGCAACAACCCGGGACCCGACUCUUAUUUGUAUAGCUGAGGGGGAAAUACACUGCAUUCCGAGAGCUGAUGCGAUUUUUAUUCGAUUCGAUAACGAACCAAAUGAUCCGUGGGCUAUCGACCAGAUAGACGUCGACUAUGUGCUGAAGUUUGGUCAUGAAGAUGAGUAUACGCAUAUGUUUCAUACCGAACACGCAGUACUUUUACCUUGUAAAUCGUGGCUGAAGGAUGCUCGCAUGUACCAAAUUGGCCCACGAAAUGGUCUUUUCAUUGAGCACCCGUAUGACUACUUCCCGUCAGGCUUAAUAAGAGAUUGGGUUUAA